AUGGUAGACACACCCCCCUCGGCGCGCCAGCGCAACGCGUCAAAAGUGGCGAGUUACAUCGAGACCAUUCCCUCGUCCCCUCCGCCAGAGCACUGCAACUAUGUCAACAUCGAGGACGUCUUCUACGUUGUCCCUCAACUUGGCCUGGUAUUCUGCGUUGCCUGCUCGGCCCCCGUCCGGCCCUCGGAGCACUUGGUCCCCACUCACAUCAACGCCUGCUUCCCGGACGUCGCAGCCGGCGAUUAUCUGUCCAUCAUCGACCGCGCCUUCUCCCUCAUCUCGACAUACGCAGAGGACCUCAAGCUCUCCUCCCUCGACUGGAUAAACAGCCGCCCCCUCCCGCCGGACGACUUUCAGCCCCUCCCUUUCUUACCCAUCCACCAUGACGGCCUGGGCUGUCCACAUUGCCCCUGGGUCACACGAGGCGAGCGCAACGCAAACAGGCACCGCAGCACUCGACAUGUCGAGUCGCGAGCCAGGCCCGUACCCAACCUGGCUGUCCAAGGCCACAGCUUCGGCGCCGCGUCCCGUUACUUCCGAGUCGUCGCACAGCCCCCCCAACCGGAGGCCCUCGAGCGCGCGAGCCAGCUUUCGCAAGCUGCGACGAACGGCCAGCACUCCUCCCUCGCGGACCUCAUGAGCGCAGCUCGGCGGCACGUCAACCACAACCUGGCCAACCAGGGCAUCCGUGCCGGCACGCUCACCGAGCCCAACGUGUUCUUGGAGACCAUGGGCUUCCUCGACUAUCUCGAAGGCAGGUUCUCGCGCCCCCAAGUACUAGCCUACUUCGACGGACCCGGUCUCGUCACGGUCGGCCGGUAUGCCAAGGCCCUCGCUCGGUUCCUGAAAAACUCCCUCGCCCAUAUGCGCUCGUAUCACGGCCACACGAUCCUGUUGCACCUGAAUCGUCGAAAGGCCAGCGAAGAGUCAUCCGAUCCUUUCAACACUGAGCUUUUGAGCAGCACGGUCAGCGACUAUUCCUACACUUUCAAGAGGAUCUUCCUCUUCGUCGCCUACACCCUCCCCGAGCCGCAUAUCUGCUUCCCGCGGCCCGCCGGCCUGGUAUCGCCCAGCAUCGUCAUGCCGGAGAACGUAGCCAAGGCCUUCACGACGCUCUUCGACCUCAACCCGGACGAGGCCAUCGAGCGCGACCCCGAGCACCUCGCCGCCGCCAUGUACGACGCGAUAUACUCCCUGACCGACCAACAGCUCCCCCACACGGCCUUCGAGUCCCCUCUGCUGGCGGCGAUGGCCUUCAUGGCCGUGAAAAGCGCGGACGCCUACCACAACCAGAGCGAAUACAGCAAGCACAUUGCCGCCGUCGUCAAAGUCUCCUUGGUGGCUACCUUCGACGUCGCCUCGCGCUCCCAUCUCGCCCGCGUAGAGCAACACCGCAGGGAACACCCAAACCAGCCGGAACCCGCUCUCAGCACGACGCUCGUCGCCCUGAUGCCGAAGACCGUCUAUGCCACCGAGAUAACCCCCUGGACCACCCCGCUUCAGUGGCUGUUCGCGCGCCAGAAGGCAGCCAGCAAGCUCCGUCUCAAGGGAGCGGUCGACGGGGCCGGCUCCGACCUGAUCGAGUUCACGCGCAGUGAUGACGACCAGUGCGUCAUCAUGAACUUCAGGGGCAUCAGGAUGCCCCAGACCGACCUCGCCAAAUUCGCGACAUGUCUCAUCGAUGCGGUUGAACAGGCCCUCCUCCCGCUGCUCAUGCUCGACGCGAUCGACAGCAUUGACGACCCUGCCGCCGUCGACUUCCUCCCAACGAUGCCCGACCUGGCACAUAUCGGCGACGACGUCUCAUCCCUCAAGGCCGGCUACAACUUUCUGCAACACGAAGGGAACCGGGCCUGGGUCGACGAGGGCAGACAGUUCCUCGAAUCCGUCCCAUCGGUUCACGAGUCCACGUUUGGCGCAUUCGUCGUGGAUAACAAACCCAACGCCGCCGCCAUCAACCGAUACCACAAGGCCGUCGUCGUCUUCCUGCGCGCCCUGGCCCCGGCAAUCCACGUCACCUACGGACAGCCAGCCCGCGCUCCCGAGAUCAUGUCGCUGCGCAUCGACAACACCCCAUACGGCGGCUGUCGAAACCUGUUCUUCCGCAAUGGCACCAUCAACAUCUAUACCACGUACCACAAAGGCUACCGCAUCUCGAAAGAGUAUAAGCCGAUCCACCGCUUCCUCCCAGCUCGCCUGUCUCGUCUUGUCGUUUGGUACCUCUGGCUCGUGCGACCGUUCAUCAACGACUUGAUGACAGCGCGACUCGUUAACGAGGGCGCCAUCCCCAUCGACAUCUCCGCCUACCUGUGGCCGACCACGUUCGUCAUUACCCAGGCACCCGUCCCCUCGUCGCCCGGCCCCGAUACUGUCGACGGCAAUGAAGCGCCAGGCUUCUGGGCCGUCCCCGAUGCGACGACUACACCGGCACCUCUUCACUGGAGUGGUGACCGUCUCUCGCUCCUCCUCAAGGAGUCGGCAAGCUCUUCCUUGGGCUACGACAUCAAUAUCGCGAACUGGCGUCACAUCGCCAUCGGGUGGGGACGACGACUGCUGGCCGGCAGCAACUUUUCCGGUCGCGAGAAUGAACUGUUCCCCGGGUACGAAAAGGGAGAAGACGACCCCCUUGAUCUUCAAGCCACGCACACCUCGGCAGUGGCCCUGCACCAUUACGCCAUAGAGUUCAUGUUCGGAGCGCACAUCACCCAUGUUUACUAUCAAUAUCGACAGACCAGCAUGAUGUGGCAUCGCCUCUUGAAGGUCCACGAAGACCAAGGAUCCGUCGACGCCGACGGGUCGGUCGACGCUGAUGGUGACGCCUUUAUGGCAGCGGGCGUACCCGAUACCGAGCUGCAGGCGCAGUCGCGCGCCGCUCGUCAUAACCAGGCCCUGCGUCUCAGCACCUUCCAGGCCGACAUCAGCGACGAUCUCGCGCGCGCACUCACGGGCGACCCCGACGCCAGGCUCCGAGAUCACCAGAGAGAGGUCCUCGCCGCCUUGGCCAACUCCCAGGGCGACAUCAUCUACGUGGCCGGCACCGGUUCUGGCAAGAGCCUCGCAUUCCUCGCGCCCAGCAUGGUGCGACCCACCGGCGUCACCGUCGUCGUGAUCCCCCUCAAGGCGCUGCAGAUGGAGGUGCUCCAGCGCUAUCGGAAGGCCGGCGUCUCUGCCCGCAUUUGGCACCCGGCUUCGGCCGACGCCUCCCUGAACACCACGUCCGUCAUCAUCAUCGACCUGGUCGCCGUCGACGAAGCGCACGUCAUUUUCGACUCCACCCACGAGUUCCGGCCGCUGCUCUCCAAGCUGGGUGAGCGGACCGCCUCUAUCUGCCCACGCCGCUUGUUUGUCACCGCCACGCUGCCGCCGAGUCUCGAGGGAGAAUUCCGCAAGUCAUACAACAUCUCGCCAGACGCCACCGUUGUCCGCAGUCCGACCGGCAGACCCAACGUCUCCUUUCGAUGCCUCAGCCACCCGUCGAUCGAUGCCGUCGAUCUCAGCCUCCGCGAGCUGCUCGACCGCUUCCACCGCUCCAACCUCCACAACCUCAACCAGGGUGGGAGCCCGCGCCAGCCACCUCGCCUGGCCAUCAUCUACUGCACAUCGCUAGAACACCUCGACAAGCUUGCCGGCACGUUCGGGCUACCUACCUACUACUCUUCCUUGUCGCAGGAGGACAAGGACAAGGCCAUCAUCAGCUGGCUCAACGAUACUCAUGUCCUCAUCGCCACCUCGGCGUUUGGCCUCGGCGUCGACUACGCCCGCGUCGCCCUCGUCGUCAUGUACAAUACGCCCAAGUCUCUCCUGGACGUCAUGCAGAUGGGCGGACGUGGCGGCCGUGAUGGGUCGCCCUCUCAGGCCGUCGUGCUGUCGUGCACCAGCUCGAAAUCUCCCGAUCCCAAUGUCAACGCUUUCCUCGCCGCCCCAUGCCGGCGCUGCUUUCUCUCCGAAUUCUUCGACGGCGACACGGGCGGUCCCAGAUGCCUCGACACCUUCGAUCAAAUCUUGUGCGACGGCUGCGCGUCGACGGCCUAUCUGUCCACCGUGCCCAGGCCUAUGCCGGCGCCUGGCCCAUUUCAUUCUCCGUCCAGCCUCCCUCGACACCGCGCUGCUCUACCGUCCCAGACCUCGGUCCUUCACGGCCGUGGCGCCACGACGGCCUCGCGCUACGAGAAUCCCCACGGCCAUGAAGACUCGCUCCCUCAGCAGCCGUCAUUUGACGGGUAUGACGAUUCUGGUGCAGUUUUAAUCGCGCCGCCACCCGAGCGUCCGCUCCCAUCGCAGUUCAACCUCCCGCAGUCUCCUCUGUACCACCACGCCCCUGAUCAACCAUCACCCCGGGCCUGGGCCAGUAACAUGGAUGCCCCCCCGGCCCCGGCACUACCCCGUACACCCCAGACGGGCUCUCGACUUCUGCCGCAGUCCGGCUCGCUCUCGGGUUCCGGUGCCCUGCGCUCGCCCGUCCAGCAGAGGCGUGCCCAGCAUCUCCCAAGAUCUGCCUCGGGCCCCCUGCCCAGCGGAAUUGCGCGACCGCAGGCCACGCCGACACAGCGGAGUCCCGCCAUAUCCGAACAAGUGCAGACCCAGCUCUCGCAGGCGUUGGCCGCCCAACAGAUCGAGCGCACACAUGGCCAGAGAUCGUCCGAGGAGCUCACGGCCGAAAACGUCCGCAUGGCCAACCAGCUAGCAGAUAUAAUCGGCAGCAUAUACUCCCACCGUACCUGCGCUCUGUGUUUUCUUAUCAGCGGUAAUGUCGCUGCUAAGCACUACUUGAAGACGUGUCCUCACCCCAUGGCCGAGGUCGCACGAGACAUAACCAACAACCUCACGAGCCUGACCUUCGAGAAGUACUCCUCAUGCGGCACGUGCCUAAUGCCUCAGCGGCCGUACUGUCAGAAAUUCGUUUCGAGGCCGUUCCUAUCACAGUGCCUCUACGGCCAGACCUUCAAAGACCUGGCCGGCGUCAUACUCGCCUUCUACCCGGCGCACGUCGACCAGAUCCUCGAGAAACUGGGCGCUCCCCCAAAAGCUCUGGGUUGUAUCGAUACAUCUCUCACGACUCCCGCGGAGUCGGCCUGGCCUCGCAAGACUCGAAUCGAACCACAGUCGGCGCUGGCGGGAUAG